AUGGAAACAGGAUUGCCCCCAAGUUGGUCCAUCAAAGUGUCAAAAACUCACAACGAGCCUUACUUCCUCAACCAGGCUACACAGGAGUCUUCGUGGGAGGCCCCAUAUGGCACCGAUAAUAGCAAGCUUGAUGAGUACAUCAAGAAGUUCAAGGCCAACGGCAACAAGCCGCUCGUGAACGGUGACGGUAAGGUUAGAGCAGCUCAUUUGCUUGUAAAAAAUAACACGUCCAGAAAGCCAAAGUCUUGGAAGAGUCCUGAUGGCAUCGAUAUCUCCAGAGACCAGGCGAUUGCCAUCAUGAGAGGUCACCAGAAGAGAAUUCUUAAUGGGGAGAUCAAAUUAUCUGAGUUGGCUCAGACGGAGAGUGAUUGUUCGUCCCAUGCUAACGGUGGUGAUCUUGGUUUCUUUGGAAGAGGCCAGAUGCAACCAGCAUUCGAGCAGGCCGCUUUCGCCCUCAAUGUAGGCGAAUUCAGUGACAUAAUCGAGACCGACAGCGGAAUUCACAUCCUUCAGAGAACUGGUUAA